AUGGAUAUUAAGAAGAUGCGUGAGGUUAUUUCGGUGCAUAUUGGACAAGCUGGUGUACAAAUUGGUAGUGCAUGUUGGGAGCUAUUUUGUUUGGAACAUGGCAUUCAACCAAAUGGUCAACUGGGUUCGGAAACAGAUGAAUCAGUCAAGAGUAACACGGCAUCACUUACGACAUUCUUCUCUGAAACCGCUAGUGGACAUUAUGUUCCACGUGCUUUGCUUGCUGACUUGGAACCAACUGUUGUAGAUGUGGUUCGUACCGGAAAAUACAAGGAUUUAUUCCAUCCGCAACAAAUGGUAACCGGUCGUGAGGAUGCAGCAAAUAAUUAUGCUCGUGGACAUUAUUCAAUUGGGAAGGAUAUGAUUGAUUUGGUUAUGGAUCGUAUCCGUCGUUUGGCCGAGAAUUGUGGUGGUUUACAAGGAUUUAUGCUGUUUCAUUCGUUUGGUGGUGGUACCGGUUCCGGUUUUACAUCACUACUAAUGGAACGUUUAACGAUUGAUUAUGGGAAAAAAAGCAAGCUGGAAUUUUCGAUCUAUCCAGCACCACAAGUUUCAACAUCGGUUGUUGAACCGUAUAAUUCGGUUCUUACAACUCAUGGUACUCUUGAGCAUGUCGAUUGCUCAUUCAUUGUGGAUAAUGAAGCAAUUUAUGAUCUAUGCCAUCGUAAUUUGAACGUUGAUCGUCCAUCCUAUCCAAAUCUGAAUCGUCUUAUCGCUCAGGUUGUUUCAUCAAUCACGGCUUCAUUGCGUUUUGAUGGAGCGCUAAACGUCGAUCUGAUGGAGUUCCAGACUAACUUGGUACCGUAUCCGCGUGUUCAUUUCCCGCUGGUAACAUAUGCUCCUGUGGUUUCCAUGGAUAAAGCAUGUCAUGAAUCUCUUUCGGUUAUGGAUAUCACCAGAGAUUGUUUUGACACUCCCAAUCAAAUGGUGAAAUGUGAUCCAUCGAAGGGUAAAUACAUGUCGGUUUGCCUUUUGUACCGCGGUAAUGUCACACCGAAUGAUGUUAAUGAAGCGAUUAGUGCUGUCCGCCAGCGUCGACAGAUCAAUUUCGUGGGUUGGUGUCCAACUGGUUUCAAGAUUGGUGUUAACAAUGAGCCACCUACAGUGGUACCGGAUGGUGAUCUUGCACCUGUACCGCGUGCACUUUGCAUGCUAGCCAAUACAACGGCUAUUGCUGAGGCUUGGGCUCGUUUGGAUAUCAAAUUCGAUCUGAUGUUCUCGAAACGUGCCUUUGUACAUUGGUUUGUUGGUGAGGGUAUGGAGGAAGGUGAAUUUAGCGAGGCACGUGAAGACUUGGCCGUUCUUGAAAAGGACUACGAAGAGGUUGCUAUGGAUGAGAUUGAGGAGCCGUAUUAUGAUUAUGGUUACUGAAGUGGUACCGUAAAAAGUGAUUAAAUUUUUAUUCGUUCUAGCUUUUCUCUGUAUUUUUAGGCAUAACCAUAAUCAUCCCUAUUCUUCUUCCAUAUCUCACAAC